AUGCCGGGGAGGGGACCACAGCACGGAAACGGCCCUGGGGCAGGGUUGCAGCCGUGUCCCGGGACGGAGGGUGCCGGUGAAGAAGAGUGCGGAGGCCGGGGAGGCAGGCCGUGAGGUCCUAGUGGAGGCCUGCAGCCUGUUGGCAGUGGAGGACCAAGCCACCCGAGAAAGGAAGGGGUCAGGUCACUGAGCCCUAGAAAGCUCAGUCGACUUGGAGGGGACUGCAGACGCUCCCUUGUAGUUUUGGGCUCGGGCCUUUUUGGUGUUUGGAGCAGGCCUCUUGUGAGGAGAGUUAACCAAAUCUCCGAGUUAGAGCCACAUGCCAGACACGCAGGCGCUAAGUUAAGGCUAGAAGGCCAAAAUCUUUGGGGGCGGUCCUAGGAAAUGAGUGGGUAGGGGUCUUUUCCAUUCUCUCUCCUGAUUGGUGGAUUUGACGCUUGCACAUCCGCGGUCGGAUUGGGGAGGGGUCUCCAGGACGUUGGAUUUCGACGCAAGGAUUGGGGGGAUUCAAGUGCUUUGAGAUCUGAGCCAGGCCUUGGUAGGGGGAGCCAGACAAUUAGAAAGCCGAGGUUAUUUUGGGGAGGGGUCUUUGCGCUUUGGCGGAGCGCAAAAUUGCGCCUGUUCUGGCCUAAGGCUUUGUCAAGAGAGGUUUCUAUGCAAGGGCGGACCAGCUAGGCCAGAGCUAGAGAAAGAAAGGGGGGAAAAUAUCAAGAAUAUAAAGGGGUGGGGGACCCAGAGAGGGGUGCACAAAGGGUGAGACAUGGCCACCAGGCGUUUAACCGACGCUUUCUUGUUGUUGCGGAAUAAUUCCAUCCAAAACCGGCAGCUGUUAGCCGAGCAAGUGAGUAGUCACACCACCUCCAGCCCUCUGCAUUCACGUAGCAUUGCUGCGGAGCUGGACGAGCUUGCCGAUGACCGCAUGGCACUGGUGUCAGGCAUCAGCUUAGAUCCAGAAGCUGCAAUUGGUGUGACAAAGCGGUCACCUCCAAAAUGGGUGGAUGGAGUAGAUGAAGUACAGUAUGAUGUUGGCCGCAUUAAACAGAAGAUGAAGGAGUUAGCCAGUCUCCAUGACAAGCAUUUGAACAGACCCACCUUGGAUGACAGCAGCGAGGAAGAGCAUGCCAUCGAGAUAACCACCCAAGAGAUCACACAGCUCUUCCACAGGUGCCAGCGUGCCGUGCAGGCCCUGCCCAGUCGGGCACGAAGGGCCUGCUCUGAGCAGGAAGAGCGGCUACUGCGGAACGUGGUGGCCUCCCUGGCACAGGCCCUGCAGGAGCUGUCCACCAGCUUCCGGCAUGCACAGUCGGGCUACCUGAAACGCAUGAAGAACCGAGAGGAAAGAUCACAGCAUUUCUUUGACACAUCGGUGCCACUAAUGGAUGAUGGAGAUGCUGCUGCUUUGUAUGGUCAGGGUUUCACGGAUGACCAACUGGUACUGGUAGAACAGAAUACACUGAUGGUGGAGGAGAGAGAGCGGGAGAUCCGUCAGAUUGUGCAGUCCAUAUCUGACCUCAGUGAGAUCUUCAGGGACUUGGGAGCCAUGAUUGUGGAGCAGGGUACAGUCCUUGACAGAAUUGACUAUAAUGUUGAACAGUCCUGUGUCAAGACCGAAGAUGGCUUGAAACAGCUUCACAAGGCAGAGCAGUACCAAAAGAAGAACCGGAAGAUGCUCGUGAUCUUGACACUGGUUGUCAUCAUUGUCGUCCUCAUUGUGGUCCUCAUCGGUGUAAAGUCCCGUUAGUGGUGCCAAAUUCUU